UCUGCGUACCAGCUGAUGCUCCAACCAACUGAACUACCUGGCCAGGGCUAAGAUAGCAUACCUCUGAAAUGUAAUGAUAAAAAAAGAAAAGAAAAAAAGAAAGGUGGGGAUAAUUUUUCUAGACCCCACAGGGCAAGAACAACUCAAUGUUUCCUUGUUCCCCCGCAUACCAUCUCUACGUGCAUUUAUGUAAAUGUUAGCUAUCCCAUACCCACGAAUGUAAAAAUAUGUUUCUGUUUUGCCUUUUUACCCAGUCCCAGAUUAUUUCCUCCAACUCCCUUAAUCUAUCACCGAUGGAUUUCAUGUAACCCUCUCUGCCGCUCCUCCUUUCAUUUUAAUGUGUAAAAAAAUAAGCUGCUGAGCUGCCCGUUCUCCAGAGCAUGUUCUCAAUUCCUUGAAAUUUUGCUCCCCCGCGAUUGUCAGUUUGGCUCAAAUUCAUAAGAAUUCUCUACAGAUUUGGGCGUUUCUUAACGUCCACAUUCAUUUUAGAAGUUAUGUCACUGAUCCUUACAGGAAGGCAGGCAGUCUGGCAAGCGUGGGCGCUCCACUCACGCGGAAGCCACGCAGUCCGAGGCCCGCGGGGGUGGGAAGGUCCCGCCGCAAAGUCUUCCUUACCGCAGGGCCGGGUGCAGCGAAGGGAGCCGAGUGGGAGGAUCUUUGGAAUCUCACUAAGCCCAGUCCCAUCCUCACCGAGCCCGGCGACUCCGGGUUCCGUUUCCACCGCGGGGUUGGCCGGGAGCCUCCCAGACUCACCUCACCUCGCAGUCUCUUCCCUGCAGCUCCCGACAAUACAACGCAGGCCCUGACCCAGACGAGGGCUCCCCAGUCCCCCUGCCCCAUGGAGAAAGUGCCUCACCAGGCCUCCAGGCUGCAACGAAACAAGCAAAGAGCCCCCGCCACGGAUAACGGCCGGCUCGGCCGUUCCAGCGGUCCUGCGGCGGCGGGAGACGCGGGCCCCUCCGCGCAAGCGCAAAAGAGCCCCUGCGUCUGCGCACCGCGAGCCCCUCCCGCGCGCUUGGCCUCUCGCGGCUUCUUCCCGCCUGCCUCCCGCUCUCACUUCCGGGGUUUCCCGGCGACGGCCGUAAGUGGCGGACGGAAGCGGCCCACGAGGCCCGCCGUAAACGGCUCCCUCGCGCCACUUCCUGCCGGCUUCCACAGACGGCGCUGGUGGGGGAUCGAGAGGGACCGGAGGUCGUUCCCGGCGGCAGGAGCCAUGGAGAUGCCGCUGCCACCCGACGACCAGGAGCUUCGAAAUGUCAUCGACAAACUGGCCCAGUUCGUGGCUCGCAACGGGCCGGAGUUUGAGAAGAUGACGAUGGAGAAGCAGAAGGACAACCCAAAAUUCUCGUUUCUGUUCGGAGGCGACUUCUACAGCUACUACAAGUGCAAGCUAGCGCUGGAACAGCAGCAGCUCAUCUGCAAGCAGCAGGCCCCAGAGCUGGAGCCAGCCGCAGCACUGCCACCCCUCACACAGCCUCCGUUGGCCUCUGCUGCACCCAUCCCACCCGCCCAGGGAACCCCGUCAAUGGACGAGCUCAUCCAGCAGAGCCAGUGGAACCUGCAGCAGCAGGAGCAACACCUGCUUGCCCUCAGACAGGAGCAGGUGACAGCAGCCGUGGCCCAUGCGGUGGAGCAGCAGAUGCAGAAGCUCCUUGAGGAGACGCAGCUGGACAUGAACGAGUUUGACAACCUGCUGCAGCCCAUCAUUGACACGUGCACCAAAGAUGCCAUCUCGGCCGGGAAGAACUGGAUGUUCAGCAACGCUAAGUCCCCUCCGCACUGUGAGCUGAUGGCAGGCCACCUCCGGAACCGCAUCACAGCUGAUGGGGCGCACUUUGAGCUGCGGCUGCACCUCAUCUACCUGAUCAAUGAUGUGCUGCACCACUGGGCCCUGACGCGCGGAAGGUCUCUCCCUCACAGCCAGCGCAAGCAGGCCAGGGAGCUGCUGGCCGCCCUGCAGAAGGUGGUGGUGCCCAUCUACUGCACCAGCUUCUUGGCCGUGGAGGAGGACAAGCAGCAAAAGAUUGCCCGGCUCCUGCAGCUCUGGGAGAAGAACGGCUACUUUGACGACUCCAUCAUCCAGCAGUUACAGAGCCCAGCCCUGGGGCUCGGCCAGUACCAGGCAACGCUUAUCAAUGAGUACUCCUCGGUGGUCCAACCAGUGCAGCUGGCCUUCCAGCAGCAGAUCCAGACCCUCAAGACGCAGCACGAAGAGUUUGUCAACAGCCUGACCCAGCAGCAGCAACAGCAACAGCAGCAGCCGCAGAUCCAGAUGCCACAAAUGGAAGCUGAAGUCAAAGCCACACCACCACCACCCGCCCCACCGCCAGCCCCUACGCCCGCCCCAGCCAUCCCACCAACCACCCAGCCCGAUGACAGCAAGCCUCCCAUCCAGAUGCCUGGUUCCUCUGAAUAUGACGCCUCAGGAGGGGUCCAGGACCCUGCAGCCACCGGCCCCCGGGGCCCUGGGCCCCACGACCAGAUUCCACCUAACAAACCCCCGUGGUUUGACCAGCCUCACCCCGUUGCUCCUUGGGGUCAACAGCAGCCUCCCGAGCAGCCCCCCUACCCACACCACCAGGGUGGGCCACCCCACUGUCCACCUUGGAACAACAGCCAUGAGGGCAUGUGGGGUGAACAGCGUGGGGACCCAGGCUGGAACGGCCAGCGCGACGCACCCUGGAACAGCCAGCCUGACCCCAACUGGAACAGUCAGUUCGAGGGGCCCUGGAACAACCAGCACGAGCAGCCGCCCUGGGGUGGUGGCCAGCGAGAGCCGCCCUUCCGCAUGCAGCGGCCACCACACUUCCGCGGGCCCUUCCCACCCCACCAGCAGCACCCACAGUUCAACCAGCCACCGCACCCCCACAACUUCAACCGCUUCCCGCCCCGCUUCAUGCAGGAUGACUUUCCCCCGAGACACCCCUUCGAGCGGCCCCCCUAUCCUCACCGCUUCGACUACCCUCAGGGGGACUUCCCUGCUGAGAUGGGACCCCCUCACCAUCACCCUGGCCAUCGCAUGCCACAUCCUGGGAUCAAUGAACACCCUCCCUGGGGGGGACCUCAACACCCCGACUUUGGCCCUCCUCCCCAUGGCUUCAACGGGCAGCCACCCCACAUGCGGCGACAGGGCCCUCCCCACAUCAACCACGAUGACCCCAGUCUGGUCCCCAACGUUCCCUACUUCGAUCUCCCCGCCGGGCUAAUGGCCCCCCUCGUGAAGCUAGAAGAUCACGAGUAUAAGCCAUUGGACCCUAAAGACAUCCGCCUUCCACCUCCCAUGCCACCCAGUGAGAGGCUGCUGGCGGCCGUGGAGGCCUUUUACAGCCCGCCUUCCCAUGACAGGCCAAGGAACAGCGAAGGCUGGGAGCAGAACGGCCUCUACGAGUUCUUCCGAGCAAAAAUGCGGGCCCGACGGCGGAAAGGCCAGGAAAAGAGGAGCAGCGCACCCUCACGGUCUCGGAGCAGAUCCAAAAGCCGAGGGCGCUCCUCCUCUCGCUCCAACUCGCGGUCUUCCAAGUCGUCCGGCUCCUACUCCAGGUCCCGGUCCCGCUCCUGCUCCCGGUCCCGCUCCUACUCCCGGUCCCGCUCCAGGAGCCGCAGCCGAUCCCGCUCCUCGAGAAGCCACUCGCGCUCCCGCUCCCGCUCCCGGUCCAAGUCCUACUCGCCGGGAAGGAGGCGUCGGUCGCGGUCCAGGAGCCCCACUCCGCCUUCCUCAGCUGGUCUAGGUUCUAACUCAGCACCUCCUAUACCUGACUCCAGGCUUGGGGAAGAGAACAAAGGACAUCAGAUGCUGGUGAAAAUGGGCUGGAGUGGAUCUGGUGGCCUCGGCGUGAAAGAGCAAGGGAUCCAGGACCCCAUCAAGGGGGGGGACGUGCGGGAUAAGUGGGACCAGUACAAGGGAGUGGGAGUGGCCCUGGACGACCCCUACGAAAACUACCGCAGGAACAAGAGCUACUCCUUCAUCGCCCGCAUGAAGGCCAGGGACGAGUGCAAGUAGGCUGGUGAGGAGCCGUGCCAUGCGCCGCAGCUGGCAAUGGGACCUUCCUGGCUACUGGAUGUGGAAGGUGGUAGGGACCUCUGUUCUCACAGCCUCCGUUUUGGGGAGCUACAGAAGAGGCCACCAUAGCAUACCUAGUGGCCAGUGCCAUGCUCUACUGCGGGAGGCACAGGCCCCACCUGCAAACCAGCUUUCACACGGAAGGAAGACUCGCGUGAGGACACCCUGCACUCAUUCCCUGGACAGUGAAGCGAGAAACAUGAGCCUCUCCCCUGGACAAGAAUCCGGACACCUGUAGGAAUGGAUUUGUCUCUUCCCAGUCAGAUGGGAGUCUCUGCUUAAAUCAGCAAGCAUGUGUGCAGGAGGCCUUGCGAGCACCGGCGCCCGGACUGGGGGUGCAGCCGGCCAGCUCUACAGCCUGCACCUCCCACUUAGGCCGUGACAGAGCUCAGGCCAGGCGCUAGUAUUGCUCACUCUUUAACAGGAAAAACAAAACCUUGAUUUGCAACAUUAAACAGGGUUUUCAUUUGUACUCCAAAUGGUUUAGUUUUUAAAAACAUGUUGAUCUCAGAUGAUCCCCAGUGAGAUAAUUUGGAACUUGAUUCCUCCAAGACAUACUGGCCCUUAGUUAUUUUAGUUAAGUUGAAUUUUUUUUUUUUUUUUAAACAUUAGCCAUUUGCUGUUAUCUCCAGAAAGAAAAGGAUCUAAGGAGAUGGAUCUGAGACAUCUUCAGGUCACAGGAUGAUACCCGUGGAGGACCUGUGCCCUUAAUGUCUACUUGUGUUUUUCACUUAAAAGAACCCCGACACCAGCACUUGCUGCAAUAGUCCAUUCAGACCCAGUGUGGGGAGGGGCCACAGGCCUUGCCUCCUGCUCUGUCACUUCCUUCCCCCCCACCCCCCUCCCACCACGGGGAGGUGAGGCCUGGAGGGAGCCGCUGGCCACACUGGGAUCUGCUGCACUUAGUACCUUCAGGCAGUAGGUGCGGUGCCCUUUAUUUGUACAGAAACAUUUUCAAAAAAUUCUUUUGGAUAAGAUGCAAAACCUCCAACUUUUCAACCUGAUGUGAUAAAAUAUUUGAUUUUGUUCUAGGUUUCCUGUAGCUGUGAAUUGUUUAAAUGUGUCUGAUUCAGGAUAUAAAGCAUAAACGUGCUGUUAACAAUUUCUUGUGGGUUUUACUGUUUUGCCUUCAAAUAAAGACUUUUUCAUAAAG